UAAACCGAUCCCCACCCAGUGAUCCCCACUCACUCCAAAUCCCCUGCCACCACCCCUCAAGCCCCUACCACCGCCAGCCUCUUCCUCCCCAGCCCUGAUUCUGAAAACUCUGUCCCUGUGAGAAUCCGGCUCUUCACGCAAGCCAUUUUGUAACUUUGUCCCGAAUAGAAAAAAGGAGAAAACUACGCGAAAGUGGAGAUAGGAGCAAACCGGAUAAGUGUUCUAUUGCCCCGAUUGUUGGCCCGCGGCGGGGUGCAAAAAGGGCAGGCCGAAAAAAGACCAUAAGAUGUGGAUCUGGUACAUCUUGCUUAGUUCGGGGACGGGCUCAAGCUCGGUUGAGAGCCAGCUCCUUCCGGGGAACAACUUCACCACAGAGUGUAACAUCCCAGGGAACUUCAUGUGUGGGGACGGGAAGUGUGUCCCAGGGGGGUGGCAGUGUGACGGACUGCCCGACUGCUUCGACAAGAGCGACGAGAAAGGCUGCCCCAAGAUAAAGUCCAAGUGUGCUCCGACGUUUUUCGCCUGUGCCAACGGGAUCCACUGUAUCAUCGGGCGCUUCCGUUGUAACGGCUUCAGUGACUGUCCUGACGGGAGCGACGAGGAGAACUGCACAGGUAACCCGCUGGUGUGCUUGGAGGCCCGCUUCAAGUGUCGUAACGGGCGCUGUGUGGACCGCAGCUUCCUGUGUAAUGGACAAGACAACUGUCAGGACAACAGCGACGAGGAACACUGCCUCACCACCGCAGAGGCUCCAGGUCAGGACUUUGUAACCCUGGACUACCGGCUGCGUUACUACCCCAGCAUCACCUACGCGGUCAUCGGCAGCGCUGUCAUCUUCGUCCUGGUGGUGGCGCUGUUGGCCUUGGUCCUGCACCAUCAGAGGAAGCGCAGCGUGCUGCUGCCCCGUGGGGUCCGGGGGUCCUCCCACCACCACCACCACCACCAGCCCCUGCUGCUGUCCCGCCUGGUCAUCCUAGACCGGGGACAUGUCCACCCGGCUGGCCCUGGCCUCUCCCCCACCUCCCCGUCUGCUGCGGCCCAGUACGCUGCAGGUCCCCCAGGGCUACAGCUGCUGUCUGGGGCCCUCUACCCAGCUGGCAUGCCCAUGGACUCACCACCUUCCUACUCCCAGGCUGUACUGGAUGUCAGCCGGCCUCCUUGGUUCGACCUCCCCCCGCCUCCCUACCUCCCAGACCGGGAGGAGCUGCCGUCAGAAGGUGAGCUUCCCCAGUACGAAGCCACCACAGUGCCCUCCACUCAGCCAAAUACAUGCCCAUCUGAGACCCCUACACCCAGAACUGUGGCCCCAGGCUUGUCCCGGCCUAGCCUCAGCUCCAGAGAGGAGUCGGACCAGCUGUAGUCCUCUGGUUACUGCAUCUACGUAGGACUAGUACCCAGCCUCAGCGCUGUGGAUGGCUGAAGAGAGAAGAGCUGUGCGAUAUGUUAAGGCCCAAAGCACUGUCCUGCCUGCUGUGGGAAUGAGAGACAAGGCGCUAUUCUACCUAUAGCUACAACUGACUGACUGACUGACUGAGGCACUUGGAAUCAUUGCUCUUGUACGCUGGCGCCCUCUGCUGGAAAUGUAUCUACAUAUCCCUGACUGGGCUUACUACUCAUUCAAUCAAUCAUCAGUCAACUGCAUUUAAUCUGUGGCUAUAUAGCGCUUUUUACAAAUUAAUUUCUCACAGUCUGCUUAACAGAAACCAGAGCCUAAGCUUCUAAAGACUGAGAAAAACUCCCACAGCCUCCCAACACUAUUCAUCUCCUGUUGGACUGGUGAAGACCAGUUGGGUGGUUGGGCGAAGAUCUUUUAGCUUGGAUUAAGUUGACUGGAUAGAUGGUCAACCUGUGUAGUACAGUCAUGCAUUAACAAUGAAGUAGGAGUCGCACUAACUAACAGUAUUUGUGGUACUCAUAAUGGGUCAAAUGUCACAUGGUGUUACAGUGGCAGAUGUAUAUGUUGUUUAAGAAUAGUGAAAAAGGCACAGUGUCAUAUCUGUAAUGUUACGGUUUAGCACAUUAGGACAACCAGCUAGCCACAGAAGCUCUUGGGUCGUGGACAUACUGCACUUCCCUCCCAUCCAUAUUGCAUGAUGCUGGUUCUCUUCAAUCUCUAUUCUCAUUGGCCAUCUCUUUCGUUUCAUAGGAAUAACUGGAAUCAUAUUGCUCUGUUAUAGAGCACUUAUCGGGGUUGUUGAGUUUGCACGUAACUUUGGCAGGAACUCAAAUGGAAGUAUUAUUUAAGGAAGAGAACAUGUGGAUGAAAAUACUCUUACUGAGUAAGGUCCCAAUGUAAGGUUGUUUCUGUUGGUAUCUGUGCCUUUUCAAAUCACUAAAAUAUACGUUUAACAACUGUAUGUCUACUGUCCCACUCAGAUUCUAUUUUGACAGCAGUUCAUUGAGAUCUUGUUCUACUGCCCAUGAUGACAGUGCAAAUUGCUUUGUUUUGAUAUAUCUCCUCAGACACUGGCAGAGAGGAGCAGAAUGUUCAGACUGAACUUCAUGUCUGACUAGUGUUUUUAUGUUGAUUAACGUUACACUCUGCUGCCUGAGAGCACAGGACAAACAUUUUGUCAGGGAAGAGAUAAAAACAAUUAAGGAGUUGUUUGCAUUAGUGCAUAAAGAGGAAGAGGAAGUAGAAAUGAUGUGGACUGGAGCAGAGACCAUUCCACUUGGUGCCUUGGAACACAAGCGUGUGCAUUGAAAUAAGCAUUUAGGAUUAUCCUCAAGUAAAAACAAAUCUCAAUUGCAUUCAAGCAUUUUUGUUGAACAAUGUAUAUUUUCCAAACGAGCCUCACAACACACAGAACUAUGUGGCUGCUUGCAAAACAGUAAAUGCAUGAAUACAUUCAGCAAGGCUAAAUGAGACCGAAAUUGCAAAUUUAUCAAAAGAAGACGACUUACUGCAAAAACAUCCAGACAAACAUACAGUGCAUUGGGGUAUUGUGUUUAGGUGUAUGAGGGGAAAAUAUAAUUUCAUCCAUUUUAGAAUAAGGCUGUAACAUAACAAAAUGUGGAAAAAGUCACAGGGUCUGAAUACUUUCCCGAAUGCACUGUACAUAUAGCUGACAAAACAGAAAGUGAUUCUGUCUUUUAAAAAUACCAGUUGGUCAAUAGGUUUUCUUUGCAGUCACUACUACAUCAUGAUGAUCGAAACAGGAAAUACAACUAUCAAAUGGUGCAGAAUUAUGGAGAAUCUCUCUCCUUUUUUUGCAUACUUUACCAAACAACUUCAUACAUAUCAAAUCAAGUAUUAUUCAUGAAAAACAAAGCACAUUGUUUGCAGAAUUCACUGGUAUCAUCACAAUCCAAUUCCACGUAUUCAAUACAUGCGCUGUUCUGCUCAUAGGUUUGUAGACUUUCCAUUGGCAAGCAGAAACACAAUCCCCAAUAGAUCUAAGGACAGGUGAAUACAGUGGAGGAACACUGAAUUUAUUGGCGUCAACCCUCACCAAACCAAAGGUGUGUAAUAUUGGAGAUGACUUGUCUCAUGAGUACUUAGAUGGAACUGAACUUCAUUUUCUGCAUCUCUGCAUGUUGUAAACAAUCAUACAUCUUAGGCUGUCCGCAUUGCGUAGAUCUUUCCCUAUAUUGUACCGGAUUUACUAUAAAUAAAACCAUUGACUAUUUUGUGCAGUAGUAUUAACUGAUUACCAAAAACAGGGAACACAUUGCAACCUGUUCUCUUCUGAUGAAAACAACGUGUUGACAUUCUGUGAACAAAACACUUAACAGCAACAACAACAAAAAAUUAUGACAGUUGUACAAAGGUACAAAAACAAGAAAAUGAUCCGACAAUCUACAAAUGUAUUUAAGCAUUUGAUCAUUGUUGUUUUGCUAUACGGACAUUUAACCACAGUUCCAAAAAAAUGCUUGAUUGAGAAAAACUAUAAGAGCAUUAUUCAACCCAGUAGAAAGGUAUUUGCUCAAUUGACUCUCAUAUAGUCACUGACAAAAAUGACCAGACUUUUUCUCCUUGGUUCCAUAAUGAUGUGUUACUGACUGCACCAUCUACCAGCAUGUAUUUCCUGACAGACUGAAAUGAAUCAUCACAGAUGUGGUUGGUCAUGCAUGCAGUGUUAUCACACACUAAAUAGUAUUAAAGUGUAUUUCAAUAUAUGUCAAUCAGAAGAAACAAAUGUUGCUCUACAAAUUGCAUUUUGAUAGAUUAAGGAUAUACUGUUUUGACUCCAUACGUAACAUUGUAACCUCUUAUAGUACUUCAACAGAACUGUAUCAGCUCAGUAUCCUUACUGGGUUGUUGAGGCAGACAUGUGGGUGGCAGGUAGCCUAGCGGUUAACAGCACUGGGCCAGUAACAGAAAGGUCACUGGUUUGAAUCCCGAGCUGACUGGGUGAAGCAUUUAAACCUAAUUGCUCCUUUAAGUUGCUCUGGAUAAGAGCAUCUGAGAAAUCACAGAAAAUAAUUUAAAGUAAGACAAGCAUUUUGUAUGGAGCAGUGAAAGUUUAAUUCCGUUUGGGACUGUUUUACCUAUAGUAACUUGGUUAAAAUGUCUCGCUUAUUGUAUUUCUUGGAUUCAUACUCAAUCACAUACUCAUAGGAUCCCAACUGUAUCAAAUGCUGUAUCUGCCGUUCCUAUUAUAUAGACUAUUUUCUGAAUUUGUACCAUAGCUGUUUGACCAAUUGAAUUGACGCCAAAUAAUGUUUGGAUAAAGAAGAAAAAUACUCAAUCUUUUUCUUAUAAGUGUCCCAAUUCAUUGUUUAGAAAUAUGUAAGUCUCAGCUGUACAGAUGAUGUGAGAGAGAAAAGACUGCCAUUGUCUGCCUGCGUGCCUGUCUGCCUGUCUGUCUGUCUGUCUCUCUGUCUGUCUGUCUGUCUGUCUGUCUGUCUGUCUGUCUGUCUGUCUGUCUGUCUGUCUGUCUGUCUGUCUCUCUGUCUGCCUCUCUGUCUGCCUGCGUGCCUGUCUGUCUGUCUCUCUGUCUGCCUCUCUGUCUGUCUGUCUCUCUGUCUGUCUGUCUCUCUGUCUGCCUCUCUGUCUGCCUGUCUCUCUGUCUGCCUCUCUGUCUGCCUGUCUCUCUGUCUGCCUCUCUGUCUGCCUCUCUGUCUGUCUCUCUGUCUGCCUCUCUGUCUGCCUCUCUGUCUGCCUCUCUGUCUGUCUGUCUGCCUGCCUGCGUGUCUGUCUGUCUGUCUGUCUGCCUCUCUGUCUGCCUCUCUGUCUGCCUGCCUGCCUGCCUGCCUGCGUGUCUGUCUGUCUGCCUCUCUGUCUGUCUGUCUGUCUGCCUCUCUGUCUGUCUGUCUGUCUGCCUGCCUGCCUGCGUGUCUGUCUGUCUGUCUCUCUGUCUGUCUGUCUGCACCACCCAGCCCACUGUGCAAUAACUAGAAUUAUUAAUUGACUGACUGGUAAAGUUUCUAUCUGAAGGAUCUGUAAUGUAUUGUUGUUGUCGUGUCAUUUCCAUUUCAGAACUUGUCAAGGGUUUCAUGUGACUGUGUACAUAUACGGAGAGUGAGACAGUAGAGACAUUUAUUUAAAACAAAAUCAUAUUUAGAUUUUGAACUAAGAAAAUAAUGUUUCAUUAUCAAACAUAUUACUUUGAAAUGUUUUGUUGUGUUGGACUCUGUACUUUGGAUUUGAAAUGAUUCAACUGUCAGCUUUAAUUUGAGGGUAUUUUCAUCCAUAUCAGGUGAACCGUUUAGAAAUUGCAACACUUUUUGUACAUAGUCCCCCCUCCCAUUUCAGAGGACCAAAAGUAUUGGGACAAAUUCACUUAUGUGUUUUAAAGUAGUAAAAAGAUAAGUAUUUGGUCCCAUAUUCAUAGCUCUCAAUUACUAAAUCAAGCUUGUGACUACACAUUUGUUGAAUGCAUUUGCUGUUUUGCUUUGGUUGUGUUUCAGAUGAUUUUGUGCCCAAUAGAAACAUUGUAAUGUCAUUUUGGAGUCACUUUUAUUGUAAAUAAGAAUAACAUGUUUCUAAACACCUCUACAUUAAUGUGGACAUUACCAUAAUUACAGAUAAUCCUGAAUGAAUUGUGAGUGAGAUAGUUAGACGCAAAAAUAUCAUACCCCCAAGACAUGCUAACCCCUCACCAUUACAAUAACAGGGGAGGUUAGCAUUUUAUAUCAUAUCCCCAAGACAUGCUAACCUCUCACCAUUACAAUAACAGGGGAGGUUAGCAUUUUAUAUCAUACCCCCAAGACAUGCUAACCUCUCACCAUUACAAUAACAGGGGAGGUUAGCAUUUUAUAUCAUAUCCCCAAGACAUGCUAACCUCUCACCAUUACAAUAACAGGGGAGGUUAGCAUUUUAUAUCAUAUCCCCAAGACAUGCUAACCUCUCACCAUUACAAUAACAGGGGAGGUUAGCAUUUUAUAUCAUACCCCCAAGACAUGCUAACCUCUCACCAUUACAAUAACAGGGGAGGUUAGCAUUUUAUAUCAUAUCCCCAAGACAUGCUAACCUCUCACCAUUACAAUAACAGGGGAGGUUGCAUUUUAUAUCAUACCCCCAAGACAUGCUAACCUCUCACCAUUACAAUAACAGGGGAGGUUAGCAUUUUAUAUCAUAUCCCCAAGACAUGCUAACCUCUCACCAUUACAAUAACAGGGGAGGUUAGCAUUUGUGUUGUUUUUGUGGUGUAUGAUAUUUGUGUGUCUAACUUUCUCACUUUCUGCACUUUAAACCUCAUAGUCAUUGUAUUAUUUCAUAUCCAAAGUGCUGGGAUACAUAGUCAAAACAACAAAACAUGUGUCACUGUCCCAAUAGGCCUCACUGUAUAUCCCCAGCAGUCAUUUUGCUGGUGGUGUUGAACAACCUAUAAACCAAAGAUUAUCAUUCAUUAUAAUUGUAAAAUCCAGAAGAUGAGGCUUACUCUCCAAAGUCACGUCCCCAGUAGUGUUGUGUCUUGUUUUGUGUCAGAUACCUAACUGACUAGAGGCAGAGGAGUAGUGUUACUCAGAGUCUCAGGACAAUCUGGGUUGUAUUCACUAGGAGCCAAGAGAAGCAAGUGGGCUGAAAUGCUGAGGAACUAACUGAAAUUGUCCAGUAAGAAACACUUGAUUUUGUUUCCGUUGCAAAACAUCUUGCUAAGGUGUGCAUUAAUGAAUGCAACCCUGGUCUGUAGCUUUUCUGUUACAAUGGUCUGAUAGUCUUUCCACAUGUCACUAUACUUUCGUUUGCGAUAUAGAGGGAUGACUGAUUUGUUGUUCCAUUCUGUUGGAGACUUGUGUUUCAUGUUGUUUGUAUCUUUGACACACCACCUUUUUGUUUCUGUUGCUUUUCUGUCUGAUCAAAUAUAUUCUGUACAUUAAAAGUAAUAUAAAAUGGUUCUGAUUCAAA